UUAAAAAUGGCCGCGCUCUGUCAAAAUCCUCAAAAUUUACAAGAUUAAUAUUAAUUUGUCAAGUUACAGUUGGCCUAGUGAACAUGGACAGUGAAGACCCUGAUGGUGAUAUAGGGGGCCAUGGGGAUGGUGAAGGGGGCGGUCAGGAAGCAGCAGCCUCCCUAACAGGGUUCCUGUUUGGAAACAUUGAUGAGAGGGGCGAGCUUGAAGGAGAUUUUCUUGAUGAGGAGUCAAAACGUCACCUGAGUUCACUAACUUCCAUGGGUAUUGGGUCGCUGGUACAGGAGAUAACUAAUGAUGUUGGGUCUCCUCAGGAAGAGGACUUACAGUCAGCUGACUUUGACAUGAAGGCAACGGAUGCUGUUGAUUUUUCCGACAUCAAUGAGAUGGCUGAUGAAGAAACAGAGAAAGUCAAAGAUGUAAUGGCUUCUAUGACAAUGAGGAGACAAGACAGUGAUGAUGAGGACUAUGAGACAAAGGAUGCCGAGCUGAUGCCUCCACCGUCCUGGCUGCCCGUACACAAACCUGAACACAAACCACCAGUCUCAGAAGAGAGCCCAGGUGAUCAGCCUGAUGUAGGAGGUGAGACAGAUCAGGACAGGCCCAAUCCCAACUUGGACACGCCUCUGGCCGCGAUGCUGCCCCCAGAGCUGAAAAAAGUUGAUGUCAAAAAGUUCUUCCCAGAGUUCCGAAAAAAUAAGGUGUUGCGUUUCUCUCGGCUGUUCAAGCCAGUCCAUCAGCCUCAUAUCUGGCGGAGAAAGAAAAAGAAGAAAGAUGGUGAAGGCGAGAAAGAUGGAAAAGCUGAAGGGAGUGAUAAGACUGCAGAAGAUAAAACAGAAACGAAAGGUGAAGACAAGAAAGACAAGGUCAAAACAGAAACUGAAACCCCUGCAGUCACUCCACCAGUGGAAAUCAAAGUGGAAUCUGAGACUACAGGGACUUCUGUGGAAGAUAUAAAGGUAGAGUCUGCAGAGGGGUCCAUGAACUCAUCACCACUGGAAGUGAAAGAUGUGGCCGGUUCCUCAUCUGACAGUGGCAUCAGCCUGGAUGAGGAGGAUUAUGAGACCUACAUGUCAAGAGUGUUUGGAACAAAGAUUCGCCUUAACCUUGGACGUCCAGCAAAGCCGGAAGAGGCUGCUCCUGAUGAUGAGGAGCUGUACAUGAAUAGCCAGCGUAACUCUGUGAGGAAGGCAGAAAACAGCUCAGACCAGGGCCAGCAGAACGGGGAUGCAGAUGUUGCCCCCUGGAGGUACGGCCCCGCUCAGUACUGGUACGACAUGUUGGGAGUCCCCGAGACUGGAGAGGGCUUCCACUACGGCUUCAAGCAGAAAAGGGAGCCAGAGGAAGGCACUGAAAUUGACACUGCUGUGCAGAAUAUGAAAAAGGAAGCUGAAGAAGGUGCACCACUAGGGGGAGGAGCAUCGAAUGUCGAUGUAAAGGUGGAAACUGGCCCAGAGAUUCCAGACGAGGCAUACCUAAUGGUGACUCAGCUGCAAUGGGAGGAUGAUAUCAUUUGGUCUGGGGAGGAGGCUCGCCAAAGGGUCAUGACAGCCCAUCGCUCCAAGCCCCUUCUGGCCGGCUGGGUACCAAGCACCACUCACCGUACAGCUGCACAGUACAUCCAGGCCAACAAGCCAGGUCAGAUGAGGCCAGGCCCGCCCUUCAUGAGGUCCAUGUCCACACAGUUCGGGCAGAAAAUGCCAGAUGGCCCUGCUGGAGAUAGCAAGAAGAACAACACAUGGUACUCCAUCUUCCCAAUAGAGAAUCGUGAGCUGGUGUAUGGGAACUGGGAGGACAACAUCAUCUGGGAUGCGGAGAACAUGGAUCACAUCCCGCAGCCCCAGGUGCUCACCAUUGACCCUAACGAUGAAAAUAUUAUCCUGGAAAUCCCGGAGGAUAAAGACCCAAACACACCUGAGACACCUGCCAAGAAGGAGAAGUCCGAGGUGAAGAAGUCUCGGAUCUUGCUGGGCAAAGCUGGGAUUAUCAAGGACGAUGAUGAGGAGGAAGAGACAUCCCAGCAGACAAACCUGAACUCUGACCAGUUUAACUUGUCUAAUGAUGAGUUCUACAACCCCAAACUGGACACUGCACUCCGGUCUAACAUUGGUGUCAGUCUUAUACAGCAUUCCACCCCAGCUGUUGAAUUGCGCCAACCAUUCUUUCCAACUUACAUGAACGAAACCAAACUGCGGACGUUCCACCGGAACCCACUAAAGAAGUACUCCCAUGGGGCAGUAGCAGGCCCAGGGCCCCACCCGGUUGACUCUCUCUUCAAAGUCAUAAAGAGGAAGGCACGGCUUCGGGAGCAGGAGCGACAAGCUUUUGGCGGCGGGGAAAUUUUCUUUAUGCGUACACCCCACGACCUAUCUGCCACAGAUGGGGAACUUGUGCUGUGUGAGUACUCUGAGGAGUUUCCACCCAUCAUGAUGCAGACUGGCAUGGCCACCAAGAUAAAGAACUACUAUAAGAGGAGGCCUGGUAAAGAUGUUGACGCUCCACAGUUCAAAUAUGGGGAGAUAGCAUAUGCUCACACCUCGCCCUACCUGGGAACGCUGGCCCCGGGGCAGUGCCUGCAGACCCUGGAGAACAACAUGUACCGGGCACCUCUGUUUGAACACAAGAUGCCCGCCUCCGACUUCCUCAUCAUCAGAAACAGGAACCACCUGUAUGUGCGUGAGGUAGAGACCAUCUUCACAGUGGGGCAGGAAGGCCCACUGUACGAGGUGCCUGGGCCAAACUCGAAACGUGCCAACAAUUUCAUCAGGGACUUCCUACAGGUGUUUAUUUACCGGCUGUUCUGGAAAAGCAAGGACACACCGCGCAGGAUCAAGAUGGACGACAUCAAGAAAGCCUUCCCCUCCCACUCAGAAAGCAGCAUUCGUAAACGCCUGAAACUGUGUGCUGACUUUAAGAGAACAGGGAUGGACUCUAACUGGUGGGUGUUGAAGCCUGACUUCCGGUUAAAGACAGAGGAGGAGAUGAGGAACAUGGUGUCCCCGGAACAGUGCUGCUCAUACUACAGCAUGCUUGCUGCAGAACAGAGGCUCAAGGAUGCAGGAUAUGGGGAGAAGUCACUGUUUGCCCCGGACGAGGACAAUGAGGAGGAGGCACAGAUGAAGAUAGAGGAUGAGGUGAGGACAGCUCCUUGGAACACAACAAGAGCAUACAUCUCGGCCAUGAAGGGCAAGUGCUUGCUGGAUCUCAACGGAGUAGCCGACCCUACAGGUGCUGGUCAGGGUUUCUCAUACGUCAAGGUGCCCAACAAACCCCAGCCGCGAGAUGAGGGGAAGGACAAUACGCCGCAGAAGAAGACUGUGACAGGAACUGAUGCUGACCUUCGGAAACUCUACCUCAAGGACGCCAAACAGCUCCUCAGGAAAUUUGGAGUCCCAGAACAUGAGAUAAAGAAGCUGUCUCGGUGGGAGGUGAUUGAUGUGGUGAGGACCAUGUCUACCGAGCAGGCCAAGGCUGCCGCUGCCCAGGAGGCUGGAAAUGAGGGCGGAGGUUGGAAUAAGUUUGCACGUGGUAACAGGUUCUCCGUAGCAGAGCACCAGGAGAGAUACAAAGAGGAAUGUCAGCGACUGUUUGACCUACAGAACAGAAUCCUGUCAUCCAAUGAACACCUGUCAACAGAUGAAGGGUCUACGUCAGAGGACUCAGAAUUUGAAGAGAUUGGGAAGAAUCUGGAGAGUAUGUUGUCAAGCAAGAAAACCUCCUCUCAGAUCAAAAUGGAGCGGGAAGAAGCUGAGAGGCGGGAUCUCCAGCGGAUGAUGUUUGAGGGAAAGGAUGACAAGGGAAAGAAGGAUGCCGGAAAACAGGAAGAAGACGCCAUAGCCAACAUGGCUGGCAAGAAAUUGAAGAUCACGAGAACAUUUAUAGACGACAAUGGGAAAGAGUACACGAGAGUGGAGUGGGUUAUCAAACCAUCCGUUAUCGAUGCCUACGUCCGCAUACAGAAAACCAAGGACCACAACUUCAUCAAGCAGUUUGCUACCAUGGAUGAUACAGUGAAGGAAGAGAUGCGCAGAGAAAGAAGAAGACUCCAGGAGCAGUUACGACGGAUCAAGCGGAACGAGGAGAAGGAGAAAACCACGCCUAUUAUGUCCGACAAGAAGAAGAAAAAGAAGGAGGCUCAGAUACUUAAAUCAAAGAUGAAGUGUGGAUCGUGUGGUCAGAUGGGGCACAUGAGGACAAACAAGGAGUGCCCUAACUUCAGUAAGUUGGGUCGCAGUGUGGAGCCACCAGUGAAGGUCGCGAUGACUGAGGAAGAGGUCACUGCCGAAGACAGCACACUUCAGGACCAUGGACUUGUGGAUGUUGUUGGCACCAAGCUUAAACUGAGCAAGAGUCUCAUGGAGCAUGCUGAACAGAUAAAGCGCAAGUCUCUCGUCCUGAAGUUUCCAAAACAGGCAAUGGAGGGCAAGAAGAGGAAGAAGGCAGGGACCACCAUACACUGUGACUAUCUUAAGAAGCCACGCCAAUCAUCUCAUCGUCGCCGUGCUGACCCUGUGGUUACUAUGUCUACCAUCUUUGAACAGCUGCUCAACGAGAUGAGGGAUAUGCCCAAUACGCAGCCAUUCCUGUUCCCAGUGAAUGCUAAGAGUGUGCCAGACUACUUCACCAUCAUCAAGGAGCCCAUGGACCUGCAGACCAUCAGAGAGAAUCUUAGAGCCAAAAAGUUUAAGUCUAGAGAGGACUUUCUUCUGGAUGUCAACCUGAUACUUAAAAACAGUACACUUUACAAUGGUCCAAAGAGCAUGUUCACCAUGACAGCCCAGGCAAUGAUGGACCACUGUCUCCGCCGGUUGGCAGAGAAAGAGGACAAGUUGAUGCGUCUGGAGAAGGCUAUCAACCCUCUUCUGGAUGACAAUGACCAGGUAGCCCUCUCCUUCAUCUUCGACACCAUCCUCAACCGGAUAAAGGCCGUAGAAAACUCAUGGCCUUUCCUGAACCCUGUGAACAAGAAGCUGAUCAAGGACUACUAUGAUGUCAUAGAAAGUCCCAUGGAUCUAUCAACUAUUGCCAAGAAAGUGCAAACCCACAAGUAUCAGAGCAAGGAGGCCUUCAUAAGGGACGUCCAGCUAAUCUUCGAAAACAGUGCGCAGUAUAAUGGCAAAGACAACAACUAUACCCUCACCGCUAAGAAGAUGCUGGAUGUGUGCCAGGCUGCCAUUCAGGAGAAUGAGGAGACAAUCGUGCAGAUGGAGCAUGACAUCAAGGCUGCGCAGGAAGCUGCCCUAGAGGCUGCAGAGUCGGAGAGCAUCGUCACGGGAACCUCUAUCACACAUGAUGAGUUCACUCAAGGCCUGGACACAGAGUCAAUGGAUGGUUACAGUAUGAAGGAGAAUGUAACUAUCAAGGAAUACUCAGAGGUGGAUGACACAAACGCCUCAACUGCAGCCCAGGACUCCCAGCAGUACUUCCAGGCUGUGAACAUGUCAGACUCAGACUUUGUCGAUGUAGAGGGAGAUGAGGACUCCUUCACCCGUAGAAACAGGAGGAAGCAGGAUGCUGGAGAAGAGAAGGUAGACAACUCUGGGGACCAGGAUGACAUUCUAGGCAAUGUGAGUGACUCUGACGACGAAGGUGAGAAGGACAACAGCUUUGAGCAGCCAGGCUCGUAUUACCCGGAGGAUCCCGGCUACGACCCAAACAGUCAGCAGUACCAGGUGGAGCCCCCACAGAUAGAUGAUGAGAACAGUUUUGACCCAUCAGAAUUUUUCCGUCACUCAGCAUUGGCGGAUCAGGUGGCCGCAGUAGAACAGCAGCAGGCUGUGGAGGAGCCCAUGGAUACAGACCUUAAUAAUGACCUUCAGGUAUCAGAGUCCGAGAAUGAGAGUGAGGGUGAUGGUGAGAACACGGCGGACGACUCCAAUGAGGGCUUUGAUAUUGACGAAUUUCUACAGUGAGAUCACCAACCAGUUACAGUCAAGUUGCGGAAGUGUUAGCGCUAUGCCAGGAAGUACAUGCUCUCUUUGAGUAAGGCUGAGAUGGAAAUUCCUGGUCUUGUGCAUUCAUAUCACAUAUUGGCCUAUAACUCCAUCAUUCAUGUGCUCGAGUAAAAGUCUUGGAUGGAUGCUUCUGUGUCAAGGAUGUAAUGGCACAGAAUUGUUGUAGAACAGUUUUGGAUGCCAUACCUUGUGUGAUGGAACUGGUUGCAUUGACAGGCUUUGUUCCAUAAAAUAGACUUGUUUUAGAAAAAAUAUUGUUGGAAACAUAAAGAUCUAUCAGUAGCUUGAACUGAACAUGUAUACAUUGAAAGUAAAAAGUGUUAUACUCCAUGGGAGGCUGGUCCUUCAUGAGUUUAAUUAAAGUUCAAUUAUUCCUGAAACAGUGUGAUUGUGCUGCUUAAUGUGUCCUGACUUUCAAUGAAUUUGUUUUGUUUUUUUGCUUACAGUUCUAAUGAAUUUAGCAACGAUUGCACCAUACACAAAGAUGCAAUGUACAUUUGAAAAUAUACAAAACACAAGUAGCUUUUUAGUACAAAGACAAAAGGUAGACAACUACUGCGUUUAUUAAGGGUGUAAAUAUUUGUCUGAUUAUUCUUACAGAAUGAAAGUAAAAAAAAUUGCAGCUCAUGUGUAACAGUACAUCUAUUCAUUCAUAAAACGAUCAUCAAACAUGUACUUCAUCUUUGACGAGAAAUGCUGGUCAUUUCGCUACAUUUAUUUACUUGUUUGUGACUUUGGACAUGCAUAUGUUAAGACAUGAAUACCUGUGACAUGCUACUAUGGUAUAUGGCUGCACUGUUGUGCAAGGUUUAAAAGUGUUCCAUUGUGUUUGUUGUAACAAAAAUGAAUUACAAGAAUUACCUGGACAUCCAGGGCUCACCAUGUAAUAUACAAAAUGCUUUAAUAAGAUGUAGAAACCAUG